AUGGGAGACGCCUCAAUUCUUCACAUGCCAACUGCCCUCAUAUUUGGGGGCAACGGCAAAACUGCCCGCGAAUUGACCAAGAUCCUUCGAGACGCCGAAACCCCGCACACCAUCUUCAGCGUCAUCCGCAACUCAGACCAGAUUCCGGAUCUCCAGGCUAUCGGUGCCAAACCCAUUGUGCAGGACAUUGCCACCGGCUCGGAGGCAGACUUCAUUAAAAUCAUUGAGGGCACCCGGCCUGACGUCGUCGUGUGGGCGGCCAGCGGCAAGGACCCCAAGUCCGCCGAAGCCGUGGACCGGGACGGGGCCAUUCGCGUCAUGGAUGCCCUGUCGAAGGCUAACGGGUCGGCCAAACGCUACAUCGUCAUCAGUGCCCUAGAUAUACGCGACCGAGAGAACAGGCCCGUCCCGGACUGGUACACCGAUGCCGACGCAAAGCUCAGCGAUCGCAUGUGGGGUAUCAUUGGUCCCAUUCUGCGAGCUAAAUUAGCGGCCGACACGGAGUUGAGGGUUGGCAAUGCGGCUCGCAAGCUUGACUACACUAUUGUGAGACCCGGUGGUUUGAGUGAAGGACCAGGUACGGGAAAGAUUCGCGCAGGCAAGGUGGGCACUAUCGGCAUGAUUCCACGGGAAGAUGUUGCUGGGGUCAUCUACGCGGCAAUUCAAAACAAGAAGACAUUCGGGCUGGCAUUUGACGUGCUGGGGCCUAAGGAUGACAGUUUGACAAUCAAAGAAGCUGUUUCACAGGUCGCAAGAGAUCGUGAGGAUACCUUCGAAGGGUAUUAUUAG